AUGCCUUCGCCGAGAUUCAUCAAAAGCCAUCUACCACUAUCACUUCUCCCGCCGUCACUACUGGAUAAGACAAAGGUGGUAUACGUGGCGCGUGAUCCUAGAGACGUCGCGGUUUCUUACUAUUAUCAUGACAAGUUGUUGAAUUUAACGAAACCUGAAAAUGAUUUUAAGCAUUAUUGGAAGUAUUUCGUUUCAGAUAACAUUUCAUUUGGACCAUAUUUCGAACAUGUGCUAGAAGCUUGGAAGAAGCGGAAUCAUCCGAAUAUGUUAUUCUUAUUUUAUGAAGAAAUAACUAAGGACUUACCUAGGUCCAUACAACGUGUGGCAAAUUUUUUCGGCAAAACAAUCUCAGACGACCAAGUAAACAAACUUGCCGAUCAUAUGGAUUUUGAUAACUUCAAGAAGAACAAAUCUGUUAAUAAGGAAUCCUUGCAGGAUAUUGGUAUAUUCAGGAGUGAUGGAGCUUUUAUAAGAAAAGGUAAAUCAGGCGGGUGGCGAGAUUAUUUCGACGCAGUGAUGUCGGCGCAGGCGGACGAGUGGAUCGCGAAAAAUUUGCAAGGCACUGACUUCCGUUUUCCACAUUUAACCAUGGAGAAACUCAACAAUAGUUAUCCUCUAGAGAUUAAUGACGUGGAACCCGAAGUAGCAGAUAUGCUCAUGAAAUAUUUCACAGGAGAGCACACUGGCUUCGUCCGCGUUGGUAAGAAGGGCUAUUUCCUGCCACACAAGUUCAAACAGGAGGCGUGGAAUAUAUACAGUAUGGAAAUACGGCCAACUGAUGUUUUUGUCGCUAGCUAUCCACGAUCAGGAACAACUUGGACACAAGAACUAGUUUGGAUGGUGGUGAAUGACUUAGAUUACGAGAGAUCUAAUUCCAUUCCUCUCACAGAGAGAUAUCCAUUUUUAGAAUUUUCGGUAUACGUCCACCCCGUAAUGAUGGAGCGGUUCCGCGAAGAGAACAAAGAUAGUGAAAGGAAACUGAAACUCCUUGAGUACGUAAGCCAACCGGGCACAGAGCAGCUGGUAGACGCGCCUUCACCACGCUUCGUCAAAACACACCUGCCCCUUUCACUUCUACCCCCUACUUUGCUAGACAGAGCAAAAGUAAUUUAUGUCGCCCGGGACCCUAGAGAUGUUGCAGUUUCCUUCUACCAUCUCAACAAGUCCAUGAGAACCCAAGGAUAUAUUGGCGAUUUCAAAACAUACUGGCGAUUCUUCGUGAGUGAUUUACAUCAUUGGACUCCAUAUUUUGAACACCUAAAAGAAUCGUGGGAAAAGAGAAAUCAUCCGAACAUGCUGUUUCUGUUUUACGAGGAACUCUCUAAAGACCUGCCUGCAGCAGUUCGUCGAGUGAGCAAAUUCUUUGGCAAGCAAUUCACCGAGGAGCAGCUAACGCGUCUGUGUGAACACCUCAGCAUAGAGAGCUUCAAACAAAACAAGUCUGUGAACUACGAUGUGAUGAGCGAGCUUGGCAUUCUUCAAGCGGGAACGGAUACUUUUAUUAGGAAAGGAAAAGCGGGUGGUUGGCGAGACUAUUUCGACGAAGGUAUGACGUCUGAAGCAGAAAAGUGGAUCUCCGAUAACUUGCAAGAUACCGACAUGAGGUUCCCUCAUCUUCAACAAUGAAUCAAAAAUAUUCGUGUUUAAUUAUACUUAAUUUUAUAUGUUAAGGUCUUGGUCCGAAUAUCACGCUAACAUUUAUCUGAAACCGAAGUCCUUCGCACGUUUUAAUUCCGUUAAUUCGACUUCAUACGCAAAGUAGCAUGCGGUCUAUUUGGCCAAAGUGGAUUUUGGCUGUAUAUCAGAAACCAUUAAUCAAUAUAGUUCGUGCGCUCAAUUUUUCAGUACACCCAGACUUCAUUAGAAACUAUCUAACAGAAAAUAAUUAGGUAGUUAAUUAUUUCAACCGUUUAGUACUUCUUUCUUAAAUUUUUACAUUACAUUAAUAAAGAAAUGAAAAAUCUAAAUACUAAUCAUCAUAUUAGUACCAAAGCACGCUGCUUAUGUACAGAACGUGCCCAGAUUUUGAAGUAGCCGACGCCGCCUCAGCAUAAGCAGGCAGCCGCUUCUAAAGCGCGGAAACCAUUUGAGUUAAAUUGAACAGUGACAAAUUUUCAGUGACUAGCUGAAACCAGUCUCAACUUUACCUGUAUACUUCGGUCAUUUAUAUACUAGAUACAUACUAAAGCUUAUUUAUUUGUACAUAAAUCUCUGAACUUAAUUGAAAUGACCUAAAAUAACCGUGGUGUUUUCCAGAAGCAGAAUAUAGCAUUAUUAUAUUUAGUUUAAUGUAUAUUAAGUUUAGUUUAGAUAUUUAUGUACCACUCAUCUAGUAAAUUAUUGUACAACACAGCAUCUAUUGCUCAACGGUUCAGGGAGUAGUUAAGUCCGAAAGAUCACAGGUCAAAACCCAUCGCACUCUUUUAUAUAGAGUUGAGGGAAAUUUAGUCCUAAUUAGGUAUGCCUAGCAUUCGAAUUCAGAUAAAUUGUGCGCUAAUUUAAUGAAUUUUAUCCCCUUUCUUAGGUAAAUUAAAUUAAUAGCUUUAAUUAUAAUCCUUCAUAGAAUAGU